CCAGCUGACCGAUCGCAUGGUUGAACGGAUUCCCCUUAUAAUGCUUCAACAGGCGGUGUAGUAUGUUAAUUUUGAUAGUGAACCAGUUUGAGUUUUGAGUCGAUAAAAUGUGAUUACGUGAAUUUCGAUAGGAAUUGAUUGACUUUCGAUAUUUAAUUUACAAGGCGGUUACAUCCUGGAGUUGGAGCACAUCUGGCCAGUUUUUUCACUUCAAAGUAAAAUAAAAGUAAUCUAGAUCUAUAUUUUUUAAAGAAAAUAAAUAAAUCUUUGUUUAUUUAAACAACAUUUAUUGGAUUUAUUCAGUGGGAUGCAGUCGUCCUUCGGUCAUCGUAUUAUAGAAACUGGCAGACAUCUAACCAAAAAGUCUAAAAACUGGCACAAACAAUGUUAUUAUUUUUGGCAUCAUCACUCACUGCUCUCCACAUCGGCAGCUGUAACACCGUUGUUGAACAGACGACGUAUUCUAACAAAUGGUUCAAAUGUUUACGGACAUAUUAAAAUUAAUACCGUUUCGAAUUCUAGAAGUAUUGGAUCGUUUUCAAAUGGAGACAUUUCGCAUAACUUUACCCAGUCUAGUUCCCGAAAUAUUUACGGUCAGUCAGAAGGAGAACUUAUGUUCAACCUCCAUGAUAUUGACUACCACCUUUUCGAUUUCCUGUGUGAUGACCAGAGAAAACUCUCAAUCACCAAAUUCCUGCAGGCUCUCCGUACCACAGGGCUGAGGGAAUCAGAUCCACGGCUGAAGGAAGCCAUGCAGAAUUUAAACAACAUCCAGUCAGAGAUCAUAGACAUCGACUCUGUUCAGAACAUUUAUAUUGACAGAGAAACUUUUAGAGAGUGUAUAGCAGACAACAUAAUCCUGAUAGCUAAGGCCUUCAGGAAUCAAUUCAUUAUUCCAGAGUUUGUUCAGUUCACACAGAGGAUUGAUGAGAUUUUCUGGAGAGCCAAGGCCAACACAAAUGGGCAACUCGCCAGCUACAUACCACAGUUAACCAGGUUUAACCCAGAGAGCUGGGGGCUUGCCAUCUGUACAGUGGAUGGACAGAGGUAUGCUAUUGGAGAUGCCCAUGACCCAAUCUGCCUGCAAUCUAUAAGUAAGCCGUUGACCUAUGCAAUGGUGCUGGAUGAACUAGGGCCAGACACUGUACACCAGUAUGUUGGACAAGAGCCCAGUGGUCAAGCUUUUAACACCAUUGGUUUAGACCCAAAAAAUCGUCCACACAAUCCUAUGGUGAAUGCAGGUGCUGUAGUUAUCUGCUCACUACUGAAGCAAGGGAUGAACAUUGCGGAUAAAUUUGAUUAUAACCAGCAGAGAUUGAGACUUCUGGCUGGCAAUGAGACUGUGUUGUUCAACAACUCCAUAUUCCUGUCUGAACGUCAAACAGCUGAUAGGAAUUUUGCCAUAGGCUAUUAUCUUAAAGAGAAACAGUGUUUCCCAAAAGGGACAAAUCUUCAUGAACUCCUAGAUUUUUAUUUCCAGCUAUGUUCUGUAGAAGUGACAUGUGACUCGGGAGCCGUGAUAGCUGCUACACUAGCUAAUGGCGGCAUCUGUCCCAUCACUGGGGUCAAGGUCUUGGAGCCUUACUGUAUCCGUGACACCCUUAGCCUGAUGCUGUCCUGUGGCAUGUAUGAUUACUCUGGACAGUUUGCCUUCAAGGUUGGGCUACCAGGCAAGUCUGGAGUCUCAGGGGGCAUCAUGCUUGUUGUACCCAAUGUUAUGGGAAUCUUCAUGUGGUCACCUCCCCUUGAUCACUAUGGAAACAGUUGCAGAGGGAUCCAGUUUUGUGAGGACCUGGUUAAAAGCUUCAACUUCCACAACUAUGAUAACCUGCGACACACCCCCAGGAAAAUGGACCCACGUGUGUUACAAGUGGACUCCCAGGCAAACUUGGUAGUCAAUGUGUUGUUUGCUGCCUAUAAUGGGGAUGUAACAGCUAUCAGAAGAUGUGCCUUGAUGGGGAUGGACAUGAACCAUGCAGACUAUGAUGGCAGGACAGCCUUACAUGUGUCAGCAGCAGAGGGUCACCUUUCUGUCGUCAGGUUUUUGUUGGAGAAAUGUAACAGUGACCCAUUCUUAAAGGACAGAUGGGGUUUUUUGCCUAUUGAUGAUGCUAGAAGGUUCAACCACUCGGAGACAGCAGCUGUACUGGAGUCUUUCAUGAAGAAAUCAAAAGAAGGUAUAAGGACACAAGGUGCCAGUCAAGAAGAGAAGUAGGAACAGUUAUGGCCAUCUUCUGUCAGUGAUUUACAACUUACCAAACUUGCAGAGAUAAAUAUAUCUUUAAAGAACAAUUUUUUUUUAUAAGGCUCAAGCUUUAGUUUGUUAUAAAGACUUGAACAAAUGAUAUCCAAAGAUAAAUAAGUAUGAUUAGAAUUCCAUGUUAGGGACUUAAAGUCCUACAUUUAUUUAUUAUAUAUUUUUAUAUUUGUUAUCUGAAAAAAUUCCCACACAUCUUGGUGUGAAUGAAAGAUAAGCAUUAACCUCUGCCAGCUUUAAGAAUACAUUUUCAGUGGCACAAAUAAUCAUGUUACAUUUGAAGUUUAAAAUAUUGUGUUAAUUUUUUUUUUGAAAAUUAAAACUAUUGUUAUUAAACGCACAGAAAAAAAGAAUGAACCUACCUGUACACAUAUUAUGGAUUUUUGCAUGUGUUGAUCUUCUCAUAUGAAGUGUUAUCUAGUACAGAUUACGGGUUAACUUUGUAUGUUGUGUAUGGGUCAGCCUGACAUUGACCAAAUUAUGGCAACUGCACUAUAGUAAUUAGCUCUGCCAAACUUUUUAUGAGUAUACCCCAUGUAAUACUAAUAUAUAUCAAUAUAUUUGAUUCUUAUAUAUACUGUUGUUUAUCAACCAAUAAUGUACCAGGAACUCAGUGAAUUGGAUUGGUUUAGUAUCACCUCAUGGUGACACUACAUUUCAAUCUAAACCCAAAUCUCACUGACAGCAUGACUUGCCAUGUAGGACAUUUUUUUACUCUAACCCAGUAUCAUGAAUUAUUAAAAAACAAAACAAAAAAAAACAAUUUGUUAAUAUUAUAUGAAAGAGUAUACCAGGCUCUUGAUUACAAAAAAAACAACUUAUUUAUCUAAGCCUAGAAAAACAAAUGUCACUACAUUUAUUUAUCCCCCCCCCCAUUUGUCCUGUGAUAUAUCAGCCAACCAUUACAAUACCAUGGCAUAGUUAAAUACAUAUUGACAGGUAAUUCCAUUCAGUCUUUUCACAAGUGCUUGUUGAAUGUAAAACAUUUUAAAAAUUUAAAUAAAUGUCUUUAAAAAAUUUGGCAUUGAAAACAGAAGUAUAAUUACAUGUGUGUUUUGGAGAAUGCAUCAAUUUUUUUUGUCCCAAUGGUUUGAGCCUAUAGUUUUUUCUACAGAGUUGUGAUCUUCUACAUUGUAUGUACACUUGUCUCUGUGAGAAACAUAUUUGUAGCAACAUUUUUAUUUGUUUGUUAUGUAUUUGUAGAUUUAUUACAUUUGUAGAUUUAUAAUCCACACCUAUUGUUUAUAUUUAUAAAUAUAUAUAUAUAGAAAAAAGUAUACAUAUUUUUAAAAAAAAAGUAUUUAAAAAUUUUAAACCUAGUGCCAAACUAUUUUAUGAAUCUCAGCAUUAAUUAAUUAAUUAAGGUCGCCCUAAAAUUUUUUUUUGAAAAAUGAAAAAUUCUUAGAAUUUUUUGUUGACAUUUUUCUAUUGUUAACCUGAAGAUGGCUAGGAGGGCUGUUUCACCAAUUGAUGCCACCCACCAGUUCUGGUUACCAUGACAACCUAAACGUGUUCCUCAGCUCCAUGACAAGCUACGGUUGUGCCAUACUUCUUUUUGAUUUUUUUUAAAUUCCACUCUCUAACCACAUAAAGUGUAGAGCAGGUUGUCCAACAGGUUGGUGUUGUGGUCUGAAUAUGGGUUGCAUCUUAGACAACCCAGGUAUAAGCAUCGGACUAAAGUUGUAGUAUUAACAACCCUCAGUAAAUUCCAUGUACAUAAGUUUUGUUUUGUAGAUGAUAGCAUUAACCAAGAUGAUCUCAGCUAUAGUGUAUUUAAACCUAGCAGAGUUGUAUCUUUGUAACUCUUACACAAAUAAGUUCAGACAUGUUGUGUUUCUCUUCCAACAUAGCUAAUCCAUCUAAUUAUGUUGAUUUUGUCUCCAGGGUUUUCUUAACUAAACCAUCUCAUUAUGUUGUCUUUGUCUCCAGGGUUUUCUUAACUAAAACAUCUAAUUAUGUUGAAUUUUUCUCCCGGGUUUUCUUAACAUGACUUAGAUGUGUUGAAAAACCAUUUGAAUUAUAAAGUGAAAGAAAUCUAAGUAUUGUAAUGUUUUGCUAUAUAAUUGUAUUUUAUACAUACAAAAUAACGAAACUAUCUUUAGAUUAAUAUAGCUGUAAUAUAUCAGUCCAGUGUUAUGGUGGGGACUAGAAAUUUUUUAUUAACUGCUGUUGAUUGUCCAUUUAUUACGACUCAUUACUUUGUUGACUGUAUGAAACGAAUCAGUUGUUUGUGUUUUGUAUAGCUAACCCCAAAUCUUUCACCAGCUUGUGAUGUAUUGAACUCACAAUUUUCUAAGUAUUCAAGACAUGUUUUAUUUAUGCUAAUCUUGUACAUAGAUGGUGCAGCUUUAAAUUUAACUAAACCACCGCUGGUACAUUGUGAGUGGGUGGUUUGGUUAAAGUCACCAGAGCUUAUGAUUCAUGUUAAAAUAUUUACAGCUUCUUAGAUUUAUUAUAACUAGUUAUGGGCCAUGUCUUUAGACUUUGCAGACUUGAUAAGUCAUUGUAGUAGAUAUUUUCGUUUUGUGCGUUUCAAAAGUAAAAUGUAUUUUGUUCAAACAGGAAUAGAUAUGCCGUGUUUAAUACUUUUUUAAGAUGUGUAAUUUUUCUAAUUUGUUUUGUAUCAACAGUAAUUUUAAAUAUUAAAACAGAUAUUUAUAAACAAAUGUUCAAAAUCUCAAAUAUAAAUUACUGUAAUGCUGAUCUGAUUUCUAAAAAAAUAUAUUUGAACAUUACCCUAUAUGUUUUGAUGUAGUUGCUAGAAUUAAGCUUAGAAAAAAUGAAUUUAAAAAAAUAAAUUUAGACCUACAAAAAGUUUUCUAAAAAUCCUGGCAAGUGUUAUUUCAGACUGUUGUAAACUAUGUACAGUUUAACUAGUGUGAUUUCAUUUAAAAAUAUUAUACCAGCUUGCUUAAAAUAUGAGUAGUGAAAACAAUUUCAAGUGGACAACUGACCUGAUUUCAUUGGCUCAGAUUUACCAUAGAAGAGAUUAAAGCAAGGGACACAACUAUGUUUUGCUAGUUGUCUCCCCUACCCACUGCUGUACAUAGAAUUAACACAGCUGAAUUGUUGAAAUUGUAAACACAAAUUUCUGGUCAAUAGUUGUACAAUAAA